AUGACAUCAAUAACAAACCUCCCCCCACGUUAUGAGAUUCGACCGCUCGAAUUGAAACACUGCACCUGGGCCCAGGCCAUUGUGGCUCUCAGCAACGUCUAUCAAACAACAGUAUGGACAGCCUCAUGUCCAGACAACUUGACACGUCGUACCUACGAUGCCUACAAAGGCAUGGCGUAUCUGAUCCAGCAUCAAAUUGAAUCCGGCCACUCGUUGGGAGUGUUUGACAAAGAAUACGAGUUCAAACGAUCAGAGUCGGCCGCCACAUCAGGAAGACUCUACUGGAAUAUUGAUGACGAGGCUGCCGGCGUCUCCAAGUUACUUGAACAGAUGGAUUUCCCUCUGGUGUCGGUCGCCAUGGCAUACGACAGCUUCGAUCCGCUAGAUCCAGAAAGACUGGUGGAUAUGAUGGCUGCGCUCCCUGGUUUCGGGUCUGCAAUGGGCGCCUUGCAAGCAGCCGAUCAACGAAUUGACAGUUCCUGGAAGGCUACUGGCCCAGGACAAGUAUUAUUUCGGGCUGCGACAAGCACGCGGAACGAAUAUGAGGGCAAGGGCAUCAUGAAAUCACUGGCACACUAUCUGAUGCGCACCUCGGCAGCAAAAGGGUUUCGAGCGAUUCAAAUCGAAUGCGUGUCCGAUGCGGUCAUCCAUGUCUGGAGUCAUCCUCCAGCGCCAUUCCACACGGACCUAGUGAGCGAGAUUAACAGCAUGGAUGUGGUGGCUGAGGAUGAAUCUGGCAACGAGUAUUAUCCGCUUAGGCCAUCAAAGCAGCGGCUGUGCAAGUUGUAUUGUAGACUACAGGAUUCCGCCAUGUAA